AUGGAGAAGCACGAAGGCGCCCGGGACUACAUAGUCGCCGUGUUGCGCGAGAGGUUGGCAGCCACAGACACCACGCUCGAGCACGCCACCGCCAAUUUCUACAAGGACCUCUGGGCGAACGGUAUGGGAGACUACACCACUGUGUAUGAUCUCUUUUUGCAGCAGUCGUACGCCUUCGUGCUAGAGUGGAUUUUCGGCAUGGGGGAGGAAGGCGGCCAACCCCUCCCUCCGUACAAGGACUUCCUCACUGUGAACCCUGCCGAUCUCUCCGUGCUGAUCGGGCUGGAGGUCGACACCCCCGUGGCAAACCUCGUGUCCAUGGUGGCUCAGGCCGUCGCGGGCGGCGUAUCCUCGGAAGAGAAGGCCUCCAUCGAGGUCCUUCUGGAGGCCAUCCGCUCGUCCAAGAUGUGGCCGUCCUUCACCAAGAUGCUCGAGGAGAGCGGGCUGCCCACGCAGGACAUGGAUAAAAUGUUCAUGUUCUUCUCGGGCUUCCAGUCAUCCUCGGCCCUGGCCAAGAACAUGGAAUACUGCGUCGGCUCGCUCGCGGCGAACCCGGAUUUCCUGGCGGAGCUGAGGGCGGAACUCGACGGCCAGGAGCUGACGAUCAAGUCGGUGUCCGAUGCGAAGCGCUUCCCCCUCCUGGACAGCUUCCACUGGGAGAUCCUCCGCCUGUACCCCGCCCCCCAGUUCUUCUUCAAGACCGCACAGAUGGAUCUUGUGGUGCCCACCAGCUCGGGGGCAAGGUACCAGGUCCGGAAGGGCGACAUGCUGUGCUGCCACCACCCUUUGAUUCACAUCGACGAGGCGGUCUUCGGGGCCGACGCCACGGAGUUCAAGCCCAAGCGCUUUAUCGGGAACCCCGGCCUGAAAGAUGAUGUGUUCGCCUAUGCUUUCCCCAAGCCGUCGGAGCCGGGGCGGGUGGGGGGCAUGCCCUGGGGCUGCGCGGCGCACACGGUCGGUGUGCUCGACGGCAUCCUCAAGGUGUUCUACGGCAGGUGGGUACAAGAAGCGGAGUGGGAGAUGAAGGAGCCGCCGAUAAUCGACCCCGUGGAAUAUCUAGGCGUGGUGGGGCCCGACGGAUUGGGAUUCGCCAAGGUCACACCCCGCAAGUAACAGGUGGUGUUGAGGAAAAUAGGACCAUCACAUACGGGGAACUCGAUCGAUUCCCUGCUUUGUGGAGGUCGGGUUCUCGGCCCUGUCUUUAUUUCUUUUGAACAAAUUAAUUUGCGUCGCAGAUAAGUCACCUGUUGAGAAGUUAUUUGAAUGAGUGUGUGUUGGGAGUUGUCACAACCAGGGAUGUAUUUUUGGACAUUUGUGUAUCUCCAUGAUUUAUUUGCUUGUGUUGUUUACUUCGUGUGUCUACCCGCACGAAGGAUCGCGUUCGGGUAAAAUAUUUUUGUAUUGUGUGACGAUUCGCGGGUGGAUAAUGCAUGCCGAACCUGACGGUGAACAUGGAGUCUUUGCACGUGGGUGUGCCUUAUUGGUGUCUCGGUGUUGACGAAGAGAGAGUGGGCGACGGUGCAAACAAAAUGCGCGUGCAUGUUUGGCAGAGGGGUGAAGAAAGGCGCCUAGGGUACAUUAUGUAGAGGUUGGGAGAGCGCGUAAGGAGCGUGUACCCCGUAACCUUCCUCACAACGAAGACACGAACUGUAGCUAGUUUUUUGGUUCUUUCAUACCGUACAUCAAUAGAUUCACUUUUUUUUCGAACACUGGCUGUAUCGAUGCGUUCAGCUACAUAUAGGGGGUUCAAGAAGCGCCGGCGGAAUACGGCCGUACGCACGUUUGACGAGCAGGUUCUGGGAAGGUUACCUCCAUGGCCUGAGCUACGAAAUCAGCACGAAACGUCGGGGUUAUUUUUUUCAGGGCGAGGGGGGGGAGGAGAUUCGAGAGAUGACGAAUUAUGUCGUUAGGUAUAUCAAGUUUGCAUUGGUCGUGACGUUCUCGCAUUAAGUGGUAACGACGGAAGCAGUAGUUGAACCCGUGGUUUUCGAAAAGCGGUCUCCUACCUUCUACCCGUAAGCUCUAGCCCUGGUGUGGGCCGGCGGACUUGGGGCUGCUGUUUGGAUUUCAAGAGCCAAGAUACGACGGGAAGGGAGAGAGAAGGAGGCCCCAACACUU